AUGGAGAAGGAACAGGAGGGUGAGGAGGUGUUUGGGUGUGUCUGGGUGCCCUGUCCCUGCUCUGCCAGUGCCACAAUCCCUCUGUGCCCGUGCCCAGUUGUCAGGGAUGUACAGGAGAAGCUGUGCCCUACUGCCUUAGAUCUCUGCCAAAAUACACAGGAAAAGCCUGAAAAGCUUGUUGUGUACAUUCUCCCUGAUGGAAGGGCUGUCAAGGCAGAAGGCCAGAUAUUCCCAGCUCCUGAAGUGCCCACAGAGGCAGAAAUCCCAGGGCCAGGGGUUGGGAGGAACCACCCAGCGUUGUGAGCAAAUCCACCAUCCAAAUCCAACAUCCCCAGGAACCUGCUCAAAUUGGGCAGGUUGACUCUCUCCCAAGGUUUCAAGGAGAGGCUGCUGAAGAAGCUCCAGGCAGGAGUUCCCAACACAGCUCAUGUCCAGGGGAUGUGCUCCAUGUGGAUUGGUGCUUCCAUGCUUGGCAGUUUAAGAGCAUUCAGGAAUAUGUGGAUUGCCAGGGGAGACUAUAAUGAGGUUGGACCAACAGUACUCCUGAGAAAAUGCUUUUGAACAUUUUGGUGGGACCAUCCAGGAUUUUUUUUAAGUGCCAAUCUGAACAGCUG